GCAGGAUGCGACCGGCCCCCGCCGCCCGCCCGCCGCCCGCCCAGCGGCUCCCGCCGUGACGGCCGAGCUCGGAGCCCCGGCCCCGCAGCCCGGACGCGAGGGGGGGCUCGGCCCGGUGCCCCCUGCCCCCGCUGCUCGCCGGCCAUGGGCAGCCACGAGAAGGACCCGUGCUCCCCGAAAAGGGCCCUGUCCCGCUCCAACAGCACCGUGUCUUCCAAGCACAGCAGCAUCCAGCAGGGCUCAGAGAGCUGGGAGGUGGUGGAGGAGCCCCGUGCCCGGGGCAGCCCCGGGCAGCAGCCGCAGCGGCACGAGGGGUACCUGCUCAAGAAGAGGAAAUGGCCCCUGAAGGGCUGGCACAAGCGGUACUUCGUGCUGGAAAACGGGAUCCUGAAAUAUUCCACCACGCGCCAGGACGUCCUCAAGGGCAAGCUGCAUGGUGCCAUCGAUGUCCGGCAGUCCGUCAUGUCCGUCAACAAGAAGGCUCAGAGGGUUGACCUGGACACAGAGGACAACAUUUAUCACCUCAAGAUCAAGUCCCCGGAGGUGUUCUCCAGCUGGGUGAGCAGCCUGUGCAGGCACCACCACGGCGAGCGGCCGGGGCCGUGUCCCCCCGGGGGUCCCACGGGGACCAGCACGCAGGGCCAGUGGACACGGAUCCUGCCCUCGGGCAGUGCCCCUGCCCUGUCCACGCUGGCCAGCCCCCGGGACAAGGUGAACGCCUGGCUGAAGGACAGCGAGGGGCUGGAGCGCUGCUCGGCCGAGCUGUCGGAGUGCCAGGCCAAGCUGCAGGAGCUGACGGGGAUGCUGCAGCACCUGGAGGCCCUGCACCGCAUCCCCUCGGCCCCGCUCAUCGCCGGCAGCCAGCCCUCAGCUGCCACGGAGAGGCCGAAGAAGGGCCGCAGGAGCACCAAGAUCUGGUGCACGCAGAGCUUCGCCAAGGACGACACCAUCGGCAGGGUGGGCCGCCUGCACGGCUCUGUCCCCAACCUGUCCCGCUACCUGGAGGCGUCGCAGAGCCAGCUGCCCUUCAGUGUGCCCCCGGAGUACAGCCAGCUGCAGCGCAGCUUCUGGGUCCUGGCCCAGAAAGUGCACGGCUCGCUGAGCAGCGUGGUGGCCGCGCUGGUGGCCGAGAGGGCCCGUCUGGAGGAGAUGCGGCAGGCGCUGGACCGGCAGUGCCCGGCCCCACGGCCCGGCAGCGCGGGCACCGCGGGGCCCGCCCUCCGCCGCUUCCACUCCCUGUCCGUCUCCUCCGACACCACCCUGGACUCCUUUGCCUCGCUGCACCCGGACGAGCCGGACGCGCUGCCCGCCAAGGGCCGGGAGCAGCAGCUCUCCAACCGCAGCAUCGUCUCGCUGGCCGACUCCCACACCGAGUUCUUCGAUGCCUGCGAGGUUUUCCUCUCCGCCAGCUCCUCUGAGAACGAGCCCUCGGAGGACGAGUCGUGCAUCAGUGAGGUCACCAGCAGCGUCUGCGAGGAGGCCGCCGAGCCGGGGGGGCCGGGCCGCCCCCCGACAGGAGCAGAGCGCCCGGGGCUGCCGGCGGAGCCGCCGCCGCUGGUUGUCUUCUGGCAAGACAUGAGGUGGAAGAACAAAUUCUGGGGCAAAUCCCUGGAGAUCGUCCCCAUGGGCACCGUCAAUGUCCAGCUGCCCAGGACCGGGGACCACUACGAGUGGAACAAGGUGACCACGUGCAUCCACAACGUGCUGAGCGGGCCGCGCUGGAUCGAGCACUACGGGGAGGUGCUGAUCCGCAACACCCGCGACGCCUCCUACCACUGCAAGCUCACCUUCUGCAAGGCCCGGUACUGGGGCGCGGGGGCCAACGAGGUGCAGGGCGCCGUGCUGAGCCGCAGCGGGACGGCCGUGGAGCGCCUGGCGGGCAAGUGGCACGAGGGGCUGCACCGCGGGCCCGCCCCGGGCCACUGCGUCUGGAGAGCCAACCCCAUGCCCCGCGACCACGAGAGGAGCUACGGCUUCACGCAGUUCGCGCUGGAGCUGAACGAGCUGACGCCGGAGCUGCGCCGCGUGCUGCCCUCCACGGACACGCGCCUGCGGCCGGACCAGCGGUACCUGGAGGAGGGGAACGUGCCGGCGGCCGAGGCGCAGAAGCGGCAGAUCGAGCAGCUGCAGCGGGACCGGCGCCGCGUCAUGGAGGAGAACAACAUCACCCACCAGGCACGCUUCUUCAGGCGUGUGACAGAUGCCAGUGGCAAGGAGUCCUGGGUCACCAACCACACCUACUGGAAGCUGCGCCUGGACCCCGGCUUCUCCCACCUGGACAGCGCAGUGCUCUGGUAGCCCCCCCGAACCCGGGGGGUGCCGAGCCCCCCCAGCUCCUCACAGCAGCGGGGCUGGUCCCCCCGGCACUGGGGGUGCAGAACCCCCCCCCCUUUCCGAGCCAUUUUGCCGCUGUUUCAGUAAAACUGUGAUAUCAAAAUGGGAGGGGGGCACUGGCAAUGCCUCCCCCCGCCCCGGGGCAGAGCCUUGGGGACACCUGAGGCACUUUGGGGCAGGGGCUGGCAGUGCCCCCCUGCCCUGGGGGCACAGGAUGAUGAGGGGGGGUUCCGGGGGUCACAGGGUGCCCGCGGGCGGGAAGACCCCACUGCCCCCCCCCCCACCCUCCAAAAUUGUGCACAGGGGCUGCUCUAAUAAAGGCUGUGAA